UUUCUUUGGACGGUUUGAGAGGGAAAAGGGUUUGAAAAGGGUCGCGGAGGGGAAAGUGUGCGUGGAAACGUUUUUCGUCCAGAAAGUGGCUUAGCCGUGCCGCAAACCGCUCUAUGCAGGUCUCCAUACUAUGCUCUCGCAUUCAGCGUGGCCCCAUCGAGUAUCGCCCUCUACAAGUCACAUCCUUCGAACUAGUUUAACACAUGCGCAGUCCGAAGAGUCCGGUAUCGAACCAGGACACAUUGCCACAAUCACCGGAUCUUUGAAUUCAUUUCCGGAUCAUGAUCCUGAUCAUUACGACACCGAUCACACGGAUUUAGCCAGUGAAUCGGACGAAGCCGAAUUGAGGAGGGUUUUAUUAAGAGAUCAAUGGCGUCAGUUUUUCGACAAGUACGAUCCAGAAGGCUUUGGGGAAAUCCCCUGGUCCGACCUAGUCACUGCCAUGUCCGACCCCGAGUUCCGCCACCGAGUAGGGACCGGAAAGCGCGAAAUACUUCUAGAGAAAGCCAGAACUGCCAACACCCCGGCGAUAACAUUCCAAGACUUCGUCAAUGUGAUGACCGGUAAAAGAUCAAGGAGUUUUAAAUGUGCGGUCCAUCACAGAGACCGGGAGGUUUCCUCUGAAAACGAUUUCCAUCUGCUUCUAGUCGAGCCGCCCCUGUUCCGCAGGAUGGUCAAUAUAGUGGCGGAUGAAUUCCUAACGGACGAAAGAGACCGGAAGUACUAUGCCGACCACUACACCUGCUGCCCCCCGCCCCUAUUUAUUAUAAUCAUCACUCUAGUCGAGUUGGGAUUUUUCACCUACUACAGUGUCAGCACUGGAGAGCUCAAUCCGGCCGGACCUGUACCCAUAGAUUCCAUUUUUAUCUACCGACCCGACAAACGAAUUGAGAUAUGGAGGUUCUUGCUCUACAUGAUGCUCCACGCAGGGUGGCUCCAUCUAGGCUUCAAUUUAGUGGUUCAAAUGCUGGUGGGUCUCCCCCUGGAGAUGGUGCACGGGUCCGGACGAGUAGCCUUGAUCUACAUGGCAGGCGUAGUUGCCGGUUCACUAGGAACUUCAGUCUUCGAUACCGACGUCUACCUCGUAGGUGCUUCUGGGGGCGUUUACGCCCUCUUGGCAGCCCAUCUGGCCAACGUCCUCCUCAACUACAAUAACAUGCAGUGCGGGAUCCUGAGGCUAUUCGGCAUCCUCGCCAUCGCGUCUUGCGACGUGGGCUACGCCAUCUACUCGCGUUACGCCGCCGAGAGCAUGGGUCCGCCAGUGUCGUACGUGGCGCACUUGACGGGGGCGCUGGCGGGGCUGACGAUCGGACUGCUGGUCUUGAAGAACUUCGAGCAGAAGCUGCACGAGCAGCUGCUGUGGUGGGUGGCGCUGGGGGUGUACGCUGCCUGCACGAUCUUCGCGAUCCUCUUCAACGUCAUGAACCCGACAGUCGAGACCGUGGAGAAUCUGGGGGACGGUGUGAAUAGUCAGUACGUGUAUAAUAGGUUCGGGGUAUAGCCCCGAUUGUUAUUGGUUAUUUUUUGUACAGAAAUAUUUGUACUGAGAUCGUGUGAUGUUUAGGGAGUUUAUAGUGAAAGUUGUCAAUCGUCGGUGUAAAAUCGGACGCGUCACAGUCGGAACGGCGUUCGGAGUGUGACGGGUCGGCAUUUAGUUCGUUUGUUUUUUUUUUUAUGUUCUUGGAGAUUUAUUUCUCAACGUACUGAAACUUACACAGAUGAAUCCAUUCCAAGUAAUAAGUCCGAACCUGUUACUAAUAACAAAAAUAAAUCUUCGAGGAACGCGUUUGUAUAUAAUUUUUUUUGUAUAUAAAUAUUUAUAUUUAUUUAAUCUAGACCAAAGACUGAAACGAAGAAAUUUUCUUUUAUUUACGUUUAGUUGGGGGAAUUAUUGUCAAACUGUUAGCAUUUAUCAAGUUCCUAAAACGUUAUCAACAGGAGUGAGAGAACGAUGUUUUUCCAGUAACAAUUCCAUUAUGUAGAGGCAGUUCUUUUUGACAAUGAUUUCCGAGGUUUUCACCACGACUUAGGUUACUUUCAGUCUACACCAGUGAAAAAUGAGAUGAAAGCCUAAGAUGUUACUUUCUAUUUCAUUUUCUGAGUGAUAUUAUUAAACUAGUCAUAAAACAUAAGUAUAAGCCUACCAAAGAAAGUGCUAGUUAAUUCUAUUUACACAAUAAUGUAUUCGAAGCCUUAUAGGUAGACGAUUUUCAAUGUAUAUCACAAAGAAAUUGUAUUUUUUUACACUCAGGUAGACCACUGUUCACUCAUAUAUUGUAAAAUAGAACUGAUAGACAGGUAUUUCUUUUUAUGAUACCUUUAUUCCAUUUUUGUUUUGUUAUUUUUGUCGUUUCACACUGUUUUACAAUUAUUACAUUACUUCCAUACCGAAAAUAGAAAUAAAACGAUUUAAACCUAA